AUGCUAACCAUCUGGAUCCGCGGGUUUCCUGCUGUUAUUCGAUGCUGUUCCGCAUUCAUGCGAUCUCUCUUCCCUCGUGUCGUCCGGCUCCUCGUUCUCUCUUCUUUCGGCACGUGCUCUUUUUUCCUUUCCCCCUGCUCUCGUUUCCUUCCCCCCUGCUCUCUUUUCCUUCCCCCCUGCUCUCUUUUCCUUCCCCCCUGCUCUCUUUUCCUUCCCCCCUGCUCUCCUUUCCUUCCCCCCUGCUCUCUUUUCCUUCUCCCCUGCUCUCUUUUCCUUCCCCCCUGCUCUCUUUUCCUUCCCCCCUGCUCUCUUUUCCUUCCCCCCUGCUCUCUUUUCCUUCCCCCCUGCUCUCUUUUCCUUCCCCCCUGCUCUCUUUUCCUUCUCCCCUGCUCUCGUCUCCUGCCUGACUCGUGUGCGCAGUCCACGGCGGAGGGGGAACGCUGUGUGGUAAAUUCUCUGGGGGGAGAGUGUGUGGGCGCGGGAGUGGAUCCAGCACCUGCAUCUGCUGCUCAGGGCGGGUCGUCCCCACCCACACCACCACCACCGGGCAUUGCGGCACCAGCUCCUGCUGCUCCUGCUCUCACCGCCUCUCUUGCCAACACGCCCCAUGCAACUCCUCCUGCUGCUGUGGCGCCCGGAGGAGCAGCAGCUGCUGCUGCUGCUGGGGUUGGCAAUGGUGAAUGGGGAGUGCCGCCCACCUCCGGUGCGCAUCAGCAUAUGGUAGCACAAGGAACGGUGCAGCAAGGAGCAGUGCUGCACCAAGCGGUGCAGAACGGUUCCCCUCGAAAUCCUUCUUGUAGCGAGCCGUCUUUUGCUGCAGAUCCUUCCUCUGUGUCGCUUGCUGCUGCUCCGUCUGCCACCUGUGUUUCUCCCCCACCGGAUUUCGUUGUUGCGUCUGCUCUGUAUGCCACUCAGCUGACUGCCCCCACUUGCUCACCUGUUUCAAGCCCUGCUGCAAAACCUGCUACGUGUCCCGUUACAAGUCCAGUAUCAAAUCCUGUUACAAGCCCCGUUUCAAAUCGUGUUUCAAGCCCCGUUUCAAAUCCUGUUACAAGCCCCGUUAGAAAUCCUGCAACGAAGCUAGUCACAAGUAGGGUCGCGCCAGGUCAUGUGGGGGCAGCAAGCACGGGCCAGCAGCAGGGCGCACUGAUCGGGGGUGCUGCCUCCGCCCAGCUCAUGGCCUCUCUCACUGCAGCACCAGCGGUGGGACCAGGAGCUGUGGCGAGUACAGGAACAAAAUUGUCGCCAGCGAGAGCAGUAGGCGCAGGGGCAGCAGGCAGCAGCGCGCAGCACCCUGCAGUUGCAGCAGUAGGCGCAGGAGGAGGGGGAGGCGGAGGAGGUGCAGCGGAGAGUGCAUCACAGUUGUCAGAAGCACUUGCGGCCGCAGCAGCAGGGGGUGGCGCGGGGACAGGGGGAGCAGCGGGGGCGCAGCUGUCAGCAGCGCUGGCAGCAGCGGGGGGCAGCAGCGCGCAGCUGUCGGCUGCACUGGCGGGCCUCACGGGGACUGGCAGAGGCGCCGCCUCCAAUGAACCCCGACUCAGGGACGUGCUCAGUGACCCCCUCACGGGUCGAUUGCUUGAUGACGCCGUGGUGGGGUGCUGCGGCCAUUCCUUCGGAGGGGCAACGCUGGCCGUUGUGCGCGAAUCAAGCACGUGUCCCGAGUGUGGCGCACACAUAGACGCCGCCACGCUCACCCCCAACCUCACCCUGCGUGCCGCCGUCGCUGCCUUCCGCCGCGAGUCCAGCUCCCUCGCUGCCGCCGCCAUGGCUGCUGCCGCUGCCGCUGCCGCCCAGUUCCAUCUGCUCUCUCUCACGCCUCCCUGCUUUCCCCCACUGUUCCUCCUCCCCUCUUCCACCCCGCCAAUUCAACCCGUCCCCCAGCUAUCCGCGGACACGCCCACCCACGCGCACCACCACGCGUCCUCAGCCUCACAGCACUCCCCUUCACUCUCCUUCGCCGUCGCCGCUGCCGCCGCCGCAGCCACAGCAGCCGGCUCUCCACCAGCAGUGCCCAUGGGGGGCCGAGGAGGGGCAUCCCUCCUCGCCUCCUUCGCCGCUUCCGCCUCUCCCACUGCCUCCAAGCCCGCUGCCCCGCUCCAAACCCUCCCUGGUCCGGCCCGAACCAGCUACGCUGCGCCAGGCUCGGUCACCGCCGCCAGCCUCCGAGCCUCAGCCGAGGCUCCCCAGCCGGGCACACAGCAGCCCGCCCAUCCUGCACCUGUCCGGCCGGUCCGGUCGUCCAGCACGGCCCAGUUCCCAUUCCGAGUGAACGACGUGGUGCUGAUAAAGGGCAACAAGCGCACACCGGAGCACUUCAUCGGGCGCAAGGCCAUCAUCACGACGCAGUGCCUCAACGGGUGGUACAUGGUGCGCACUCUCGAUGGCGCUGCUGACGAGGUGCGCCUGCAGUACCGGUCCCUGGAGAAGAUCCAUGCUGCUGCCGCUGCUGGGGGAGGAGGGGCAGGGGGGAGUGGAGGGGGUGGAGGAGCGGAUGGGGUUGGUGCUGGUGGGGUUGCGGGGGGGGGGAGUGUGGUGACAGGUGGGGGAGGAGGGAGUGGGGGCGGGGGGAGAGGAGGGGUGGGUGGAGGCGAGGGGGAGAGUCAUCGGCUGCUGCCGCCAGCUGGGGUGCCCAAGGGGCGAGGGGGAGGGCAUGGUGGAGCGCGCAGGGAGACCAAAUCCAAACCUUUCAUCCCACUCCCACAACACCCCCCCCCCGGUCCCCUACCUACCCACCUCUUUCCGCCACGCCCCUUCCAACUCUCCUCUUCCUCCCGCCCUGUCUGUGUCCCUGCCUGCCAACUCUCCACCUGGUCGCCCCCUUCUCGCGGCAGUGGGGCGGGGCAGGGGAGGCCGGGGGGCGGGGAGGGCGGCAACAAAUGCAUCGCCCAUCAGCACGCCAGCGUCACUCUGCGGCAGUCUCUCCACGCCCAACGCGUCCCUCUGGACCGCCUCUCCAUGCCCAGCGCCUCCUUCUGGACCAGUGCGUCGCUCUCCUCCUCCACUCGUCCCCCUGCCUGUGUUGCUCCCCCUCUUCUGCCUCUUCCUCUUGCCUGUCUACCUUGUGCCUCCUGUUCUCCCCCUACUCUCUCCCCUCCCCAACCCCCCGGCUACUCCUGUGUUGCUCGCUCUGCUCUGCCCCGUUCGGUGGCAGGUUCGGCAGCAGCAUCGGAUGCAGCAGGGGGAGCAUCACGGUCAGUGUCAGUGUCGGGGGACUUUGGCAUGUGCAGCGGGCCGGCAGGGGAGGUGGAGCAGGGCGCCAUGUCCACCACUCCCAGAAGCGGCACCUCCCAUGUCACCCGCAUGUCCCAUGCCGCCCCCAUGCCCCACAUGCCUCAUGUGCCCCACAUGCAUGGUCCUGGUGGUGCUAUGGUUGUGAAUACACCGCACACUAGCAUGUCAACGCCCCAUCACGCCAUGCCGUCUGCCCACCACAGCUCAUCAACGGCUCCACAGAGCACGGUGGUUUAUCCGACGGCCAGCAGCGCGCCCACCACGCCGGCAUCCAUUGGUCAUGCUGCCAUGCCCGUGCCUGCUAGCCCAGGUUCGGCCGUGCCUGCCAGUCCAGGUCCGGCCGUAGCAGCAAGCCCAGGCUCGGUGGGGCGAGUGCAGCGAGGGCUGGGUGUGCAGGCGAGCCCAGGCUCGGCAACUUUCCGGCCCUUGUUCCAGACAGGCCGGGGGUAUGCGGCGGAGAGAACCGAUCCUGGAGGAGGUUCGGUAGCGGCAGGGGCGGCAGGAGUAGCAGGAGGCAGAGGUGAGGGGUCCGGUGUAAUGGGCGAGGGGACAGGUCUUACGGGCUCAGCUCAGGCACCGGGAUUCGGUGCACCGAAGGCGGUGAGCUCAUCAGCGGUCGAAUCUUUGACAGUGGGCGCAGCGGCAGGUGGUGGUGUGGCAGCAGGGACGGGGGGGGAAGCAGGGCAGGGGCAUUCCCUAGCAAUGGGCGGUCAGAGGCCAACUGAAGGGGUUCUGAGGAGUGAAGUGUAUGGGCAGCAAGUGGGUGUGCAGACUACAGGGCAGUGUAUGGUGCAGCAGCCCCUAGGUCAGCAGCAGUGGAGCGCCGCACAGGGGGCAGGACUGCGGCAAGGAGGAGCAGAGACGGCGCAGGUGUGGCAGGCAGCAGUGCAGGGGCAGGGGGGCACUGCCGUGCAAGGGGCAGGGGGCGUGAUGCAGAUGCAGAAUCCGAUGAGCGUGGGUGCAGGGCCAGGUGGUGCGGUGGUUAGUCAGGCAGGGAUGCUGCCCAACCAGGGCGGCAUGGCAGAGAGUGAGGGGCGUGUGAUGGCUGGGCAGGGGGGAGCAGCGCAGCAGGCGAUGGGGAGGCAGCAGCAAAGCUGCGCGCCAGGUGGCUUUCUCCCUGCUGCCGUUGACAUGCUGCCUGCAGCUCCCAGCUAUCUGCCAUGCUAUGAGCUGCCAUGCUAUGAGCUGCCAUGCUAUGAGCUGCCAUGCUAUGAGCUGCCAUGCUAUGAGCUGCCAUGCUAUGAGCUGCCAUGCUAUGAGCUGCCAUGCUGUGAGCUGCCAUGCUAUGAGCUGCCAUGCUAUGAGCUGCCAUGCUAUGAGCUGCCAUGCUGUGAGCUGCCAUGCUAUGAGCUGCCAUGCUGUGAGCUGCCAUGCUAUGAGCUGCCAUGCUAUGAGCUGCCAUGCUAUGAGCUGCCAUGCUGUGAGCUGCCAUGCUAUGAGCUGCCAUGCUAUGAGCUGCCAUGCUGUGAGCUGCCAUGCUGUGAGCUGCCAUGCUGUGAGCUGCCAUGCUAUGAGCUGCCAUGCUAUGAGCUGCCAUGCUGUGAGCUGCCAUGCUGUGAGCUGCCAUGCUGUGAGCUGCCAUGCUAUGAGCUGCCAUGCUAUGAGCUGCCAUGCUAUGAGCUGCCAUGCUAUGAGCUGCCAUGCUAUGAGCUGCCAUGCUAUGAGCUGCCAUGCUGUGAGCUGCCAUGCUAUGAGCUGCCAUGCUAUGAGCUGCCAUGCUAUGAGCUGCCAUGCUGUGAGCUGCCAUGCUAUGAGCUGCCAUGCUAUGAGCUGCCAUGCUGUGAGCUGCCAUGCUGUGAGCUGCCAUGCUGUGAGCUGCCAUGCUAUGAGCUGCCAUGCUAUGAGCUGCCAUGCUAUGAGCUGCCAUGCUAUGAGCUGCCAUGCUAUGAGCUGCCAUGCUAUGAGCUGCCAUGCUAUGAGCUGCCAUGCUAUGAGCUGCCAUGCUAUGAGCUGCCAUGCUAUGAGCUGCCAUGCUGUGAGCUGCCAUGCUAUGAGCUGCCAUGCUGUGAGCUGCCAUGCUGUGAGCUGCCAUGCUGUGAGCUGCCAUGCUAUGAGCUGCCAUGCUAUGAGCUGCCAUGCUAUGAGCUGCCAUGCUGUGAGCUGCCAUGCUGUGAGCUGCCAUGCUGUGAGCUGCCAUGCUAUGAGCUGCCAUGCUAUGAGCUGCCAUGCUAUGAGCUGCCAUGCUGUGAGCUGCCAUGCUGUGAGCUGCCAUGCUGUGAGCUGCCAUGCUAUGAGCUGCCAUGCUGUGAGUGCUGUGAGCCCAGCCCAGCUGCUCUUUCUCCAGCUUCUUUGGCUCCUCUCCCACGUGCUGCUCUCUCCCACGUGCUGCUUUCUUAA